UGAUGCUGGCUGUGAGAGAUGUGGACCUGUUUGAGAGUCUGGACAUGUUAACAAUCUACAGACCUGCCGAAGUUCUUUCUGAGCUCCUCCAGCAUCACGCAGAUCCUAAGCUUUGUGAUUUCAGUGGCAAGUCAGCAUUAUAUUAUGUGUCACAAAUUGAGAGUUUGAGGAAACAGCAGCUAUUGGACAUCCUGAUGAAUUCCAUGCCUAAACCAGAAAGACAUGCAGAAUCACUGCUUGACAUUUGUCAGGAGACAAAUUCUUCCCCAACAGAUGUGAAUGUUCCCCCAAAUCAAAACAUCAUCUUGCAAAGCAUCAGCAGCAGUGAGGACUCCAACCAAGAGGAUGAUUGCAGUCUGUCUAUAUUGGUUGGUGACAGAGAUCCCAGUGGUGAAGACUGGCUACGCAGGACAGAAGGUGUUGAGAUUAUUGUGACAUUUCCAGGAGAGCCUCCUCAAGAAAUCAGUCAAGAAGAUUUACAAGAAAGCAAUCAGGUAACUUUUGUGCAUCAAGAGGAGAGACAAGCAUAUUCUGUCUCUCUCCUAAAUGAAAUGGAGACAGUGAACCUUGGUACAAAGACCCUAAGCGUGCAGACUUCACUUUUGAAAAGCGAAAAAAGUUCCAAGGAACUUUGUGAUGGGAAUUUGGACCGUUCAUUACCCAGACGUUGCUUAGAAUCAAGUGUUUCCAGGUCUGUAACCAAGGAAGAGGUUCCUUGUGUUCUGAAGGGGCAGCAAAGAAAAUAUGAAGAGUUUCCUACCUCUGACAUGAGAUACAGUAGCCGAAGAAUUGAGUUUCCUCUGCCACCACCAUCACUUUUGCCAAUGAGAUCUGGUAUCCUCACUAUGGCAAAAAGUCCCAAGUUUCCAAGAGAGAGAGAAAGAGAAAUCCCAAGCCCUACAUCCUCCGCACCUAAGCUCUUAGAGCUGGCUAGCCGAUCUGAUGAAUUUAGCUCAUUAAAGAACCAUCAGGAAGCUGCUUGGAGAGGACUGGUAGAUAAGACCCUCAGGUUUUCUGACAGCUCCAUUUGGUCUAGAAACAUGUGCUCUUUCCAAAGGAAGGUGAAUCAUCCCAGACAAUAUCUGGGAGUGGAAGAAAGUUGGAGAGCCCAGAAAAUAGCAGGAUGGGACAAAAUUGAUAUCUCUUGCAUCAAAAAAGAGCCAUCCUGUGAGAAUGUUAAGGAAGUCAAUAUUUCCAGAGAGAGGGAAAGGAGUAUUGAAUGCCACAGUAUGGAAAUAAGAAAAGCAGAUGAGAACUCCCAAUAUCUUUCAUCAAGGAAAAAGGAGGGUUCGACAGCCAGAAUGUCAGAACCAGCUUCGGAUAUUGUAUAUACCAUUCCAAGCAAGCUCCAGGAAGCCCCUCAUUCAGAAAUAACUCCAGGGGAGAAGAAAGAGAUUGGAAACGAGAAUGAUUCCAAAAGCAAUUCAUUACACAAAGCAGAAGCAAUGGAACCACAUGCCAUGUUAGAAGACUUUACUGUUCUUAAAAACUUGUGCAAUGCAAUCUCUGAUGAUCUCAUUGAAGAGCUCCCAGAAGGUGAUAGAAACACAGAGACAAAUAUAAAAAUACCAAUAGCAGAAGCAACCAAACCAGAAAUGAAUGGGAUGGUGCCUCUUAUUCACAUCACAUUCCCUGGAGAAGGAAUACCGGAGGACCCAGCCACAGUCAAACAAAAUCUCCCAAAGAGAAAGCGUACCAUUCACAACAAUAGCUUCCACAUACUUGCUCACCAAGAACAGGACAAGCAUCAGAUGAAUAUACACAGAACUAAGUUAGAGUCAAAAACCAAGGGAAGUAACAGGGCACCUCAGAAUCUCACAAUUUCCAUUCAAGCUUCCAUUAAACCUAAUAUGCAUAAAACGAGCAUAAAAACUCAGGUUUUUCCUGCUUUGGAACUUGUGGACCCCAGACCAUGCCAGUCAUCCAAGUUUCAAAGGAGAAUGCCUUUGAUGGAAAAGAAGCAAUCUAUGUAUCAGACCCAGAAACCUAAAAAGCAAGCAUUUCCUUGCAUCUGUAAAAACCCAGGAAUAAAAAAGUCCUGUGUUCCUCUCCCUGUUAAAACAACAGAGCCAAGACUACAUUACCUGGAUCUGAAGUAUAGUGACAUGUUCAAAGAAAUCAAUUCAAUUGCUAAUGGACCAGGAAUCUAUGAGAUGUUUGGGACUCCUAUUUAUAGUCACAUGCGAGAGGCAGAACGGCAUGAACACAGAUAUUACCGUGAGAUAUGCACAGCUCCAUCAGGUCACUGUGUCACCAGUAAAUGUCAGUCUUCUCAAAGAGAUAAAAACAGCAAUAGCAGAGCAAGACUGCCUCAGAAAAGGCUACAUAGUAAACCUUUAAAGCCUGUGGUUGGCAUUAAGCAAAAACACAAAGGUUUAAUUCCAAAAGAAAAGGGUUGCAAGGCUAUAAGCAGCCACACAAAAGGUAGAGAAGGUGGAGAUGGUGUCUCAGAACCAGAUUGGCAGAUGAAAUCUUCAGGAAAUGACUUUCCGUCUCCCACAGAUGAAGUUCAGCCCAUGAACUUCACCCAGACUCCUGAGCAGUUCCCUGAACAGAAAGAAUCCCUUCCUGUCUCGGAUCUAUCCAUCAUUGAGGAAAUCUUCUUGGAGGAGUCUACAGAUGAAGGAGAAAAAUUUAACAGUGACAUUCUUGCUGCAAGCUUCAGAGAUCUGAAAGAACUUGAAGGUCUACAUCACCAGACCCUGUCUGUCCCUUCAGAAGACAGCUGGGCUGUGCUCAGUGAGAGGAGUUUUGGCAAGCAUGUGUCACCAGAAAAGCAGGAUAUAGCAUCUCUUGAUAAGACAAAUGGCAGCCAGGUGUUAAUGGAUUACCUGGAGUUUGAUAGCCUUUCAGAUAAGUCUAAAACACUUGGGAGUUUUUCAAGUUUCUCUUUACAAGAAAACCCAGAAAGUACAUCUUCCCCAACAGACCAACACUGGACACAUUCUUUGGAUCAGGAUAGCUUAGAAAAUAAGUCCAUCACCUAUCAAACAUUUGGAAAGACGUUAAAUGAUGAAGAUUCAAUUUCCCAAGAAAUCUUGAACUCAGUAAAGAAUGAAGAAUUGACAGAUGAGUUGUUAGGUUGUCUAGUUGCAGAACUGUUGGAGCUUGAUGAAAAAGAUAACAGCUCUUGCCAGACAAUGGCAAAUGAGACAGAGAUGGAGAACCUGGAUCUUGUCCUCAGGAGGAGAGGGAAUGCAAUGGAAGAAUUGGAUGGAGAGACAACAAAAGUCAAACUACAGAGAUGUAGUAAUGUUUUCCAGAUAUAUGACGAGGAGGAGAAAUUUCUUAACUCAAAUGAAAAGAAGACACUUUCUGAAAAGAGCUUAAACCAGGAAGAAGCUAUUCUGUGGACCAAGGGUGAGAUCCUUGGGAGAGGAGCCUAUGGCACAGUAUACUGUGGGCUCACUAGCCAAGGGCAGCUGAUAGCUGUAAAGCAGGUGGCCUUGGAUACCUCCGAUAAAUUAGCUACUGAGAAAGAAUACCGGAAACUGCAGGAAGAAGUGGAUUUGCUCAAGGCACUGAAGCACAUCAACAUUGUAGCUUAUCUGGGGACAUGCUUGGAGGAGAAUACUGUGAGCAUCUUCAUGGAAUUUGUCCCUGGUGGGUCCAUCUCUAGUAUUAUAAACCGCUUCGGUCCACUGCCAGAGAUGGUGUUCUGUAAAUAUACAAGACAGAUCCUGCAAGGUGUCGCUUAUCUCCAUGAGAACUGUGUAGUACACCGAGAUAUCAAAGGAAACAAUGUCAUGCUCAUGCCAACAGGAAUAAUAAAGCUGAUCGAUUUUGGCUGUGCCAAGCGUUUGGCCUGGGCAGGCUUAAACGGCACUCACAGCGACAUGCUGAAGUCCGUCCGUGGGUCUCCGUACUGGAUGGCCCCUGAGGUCAUCAACGAAUCUGGCUACGGAAGGAAGUCAGAUAUAUGGAGCAUUGGCUGCACCGUCUUUGAGAUGGCGACGGGGAAGCCUCCUCUGGCUUCCAUGGAUAGGCUGGCGGCCAUGUUUUACAUCGGGGCGCAUAGAGGCCUAAUGCCUCCUCUACCUGACCGCUUCUCAGAAUCUGCAGCAGACUUUGUGCGCAUGUGCCUCACCAGGGACCAGCAUGAGAGACCUUCUGCUCUCCAGCUCCUGAAGCACCGCUUCCUGAAGAGAAGUCACUGA